GCUUCAGGACAGAUGACGGUGUAUGGUGUUGGAAGGAACGAAAGGGCUGAAAUUACUUGUCGUCUUGAAGCUGAUCCAAGUGAUAUAUCAUUUCGGUGGGGAUUUAAGAGCUCUAAAGGACGUGUUGAUAUCGUUACUUUCAAUAGUUCUGGCUCCACUAGUACAGCAUAUUUCACCCCUAAAACUAAGUAUGACUAUGGAACUCUUUUUUGUCUGGGUAAAAAUAAUAUUGGAGAGCAACAAAAGCCUUGUGUGUUCAACAUUAUUCAAGCUGGCAAACCUGAACGUGUUUCAAACUGUACUGUGAAAAACAAGACGGCACAUUCAAUAAGCCUUGCGUGUACAGCCGGAGACGACGGUGGCUUAUUACAGCAAUUUCACCUGGAGGUUUACAGUACAAAGUAUCGGAGACUGCUUGUUAACCAAACGUCCCUCGAUCAUCCAGUCUUUGAAGUCACUGGUUUACCACCUGGAAGUCCUUUGAAAAUUGUUGUUUACGCCUCUAACAGUAAAGGGAAAAGCAAAGAUCUUAUAUUAGCGGGUAGCACACUUUUCUCUGCCGAAUCACACACUGGUACGCUACCUCAAGUAUUCAUUAGUCCAGUUUUAGCGGUACUUCUUGGAAUUAUGCUCGUUUUGGUCAUCAUGGCGAUUGUUAUCCUAGUUAUUGUGAAGAGAAGACGUUCUGAAGCUAACAGAGGUGAGGUUCCCUCCACAGAAGUUGAAAAUAAGUCAGAUGAUCAUAAAAAAGUGAAUCCAUCAAAUCUCGCUGACACAAAGGACAAAUGCCCGGAUGUUAUUCCUCCCAGAAAUGUCUCGACAGGAACGGACUAUAGUGACAUCACCUUUAAAGUUUUAACCAAAACGUCUGAUUCAACGAGUCAACGCAUUUAUGAAAAUAUGAAUAACCAGCGUGAACACACUUACGAAAAUAUCAUCAGUACACCUCUCUACGCACCAAAACAGAACGAGGAAGAAGUUAUGUACGCUGAGCUCGCUUUGCCAGAAAAUAAAUCCAUCACAGUAAGAAAACCUGACGCCCCAGCAACAGAAUAUGCUGACAUAGACUUUCAGAAAUCUAGAAAACCAACACCAUCUCCUAGCAACGAAACAGAGGAAGAAGAGGAUGGCGUUUCUGUGGAAACUCCAUUAAUGAACAACCAGAAAGAUGAUAAAAAGAAUGUGGGAUUAGAACGAGAAAAACCAAAAAUAUCGAUGCCUAUUUGACAUAAUCACUGGCGUCCCUGAUUUGUUGAUAUGAUCACUGGCGUCCCUGAAUUGUUAUCGUCGUUCUAGCUGUUUCAGUGUGUCGCUUAGAAACCUUAAAAUGGACUUAAACUGCAGAAAAGGCUAAUCUUUUGCCAAAGUGGAUGUGAUAAUCUCAGAUAAAGUUUCCUUUUACGUAAAUUUUAAUUGAUUCAUCACGAAGAAUAGCUUCGUCUGAUUGCAGGAAUGUAGGGUUAAAAUAAUUUAUUUACAUUCAAGAGAAAGAGAACAUUUUUUUAGAAUAUUAAUGAAAUUCAAGUAGACAAAUCCAUAUUGUUAGUUGCUAUUUCAUUCUUCCCCAAUAAUUACCGCGAAAUAUAUAUUUUGAGGUUGUUUUAUUUUAUCUUUAUAUUUAACGUUCACACGAAAAUACAGACUCACGAGAGGUAAGUGAACAGUUUUUCGCCUU